AUGGCUUUGAAAAGAAUAUAAAAAGAGAAAACUUAAUAUUUACAAAAUUAAAUGUAAGGAGUUUCAGUCAAAUUUGAUGAAUCAAAUCCUUAUUAGCUUUACUUUACUAUCGAAGGACCUAUUGAUACUCCUUAUUAUGGAGGUUAGUUUAACUAUAAAUUAAUCUUUCCACCAGAUUACCCUUUCAAACCUAUGAAAAUAACUUCUCUACAAAAAGUAUAUCACUACUCAAAUUACACUUGUAUUAUUGAAAGAUGUAAUUGUUGUUCUCCAAAAAAUUUGUAACUCCGCAAGGAAGAUUGGAGUUAUGAAUUUACUUUCUAUAGCUAGAUAAAAUCUAUAUAAUAAUGCUUUUAUACUGAAUAAUUUACCUAAUUAGAAGAGGUAUGCACAGAAUAAUCUAAGCUUUAUAAACUUAACAGAGAGUAAUUUAACUUUAAUGUCAAAAGUUAAAUUGCCUCAGAAAAAGCAAAAUAAUAAAUUUUGUAGUUUAUUGCAUUUUAAAGAUUUAUAAAAUAAUUUAUAUCUAUUAACUCUGAUUCAGUAUUUGUUGACUUAUUUUUUUGA